CUUCUUCGACUUCGUGGUUGAAAAGUGUCGGCUAAAAACAGAGACAGAACUUGAACCUGUACAUUCUGAAUAAUGUUCAACAGCAAUGGCCACUUACACCACGCUGCAGGACAGAAUCAGUGUAGCCAAGGAGCUGCUUGAGCGAGUGGACAAGGUUUGUAGCCGGCAAGGCCGUGAUGUUGAGGGUCGUGCUAAAUUGUGCAGUAAGCUCAGAGCUGAGAUCAAGUUCCUGCAAAAGGUGGAGGCUGGCAUGGUCAUGAUCAAGGAGUCUCACCUACAAAGUACCAACCUUACGCACUUGAGGGCCAUCGUGGAGUCAGCUGAGAACCUAGAGAAUGUGGUGAGUGUCCUGCAUGUGUUUGCCUAUGAAGGACCUGAUGGGCAGAAGCAGACAUUGGUGGUUGAUGUGGUGGCAAAUGGCGGACACACAUGGGUGAAAGCCAUUGGGCGCAAGGCUGAGGCACUACACAAUAUCUGGCAAGGCUGUGGCCAGUAUGGGGAUAAAAGUGUGAUACGGCAAGCAGAAGAUUACCUCGAGGCCAGUCAGCAGCAGCCUGUGCAGUACAGCAAUCCUCAUAUUAUCUUUGCUUUCUACAAUGGUGUGUCCAGCCCUAUGGCUGACAAGCUGAAAGAAAUUGGUAUAUCUGUAAAAGGUGAUAUUGUUACUGUUAAUACAAUGAUUGGAGGUGGAGAGGAGGAUGAAAGUGAAGACAAACAUAGUUUGGAGGAAGAGAACCACGAGGUAGAGAAUGAAGUUAAGGAGGUGGAUGUUGAUGACUAUGACGACGACAGUGAUGAUGCAGACCUCAUGCACACUCGAGUCGUUAGAGACACCAUUGUGGCCAGCCUUGCCUUCCCCACUGAGGUGAAGGUAGACGUUUGCAUCAGAGUCAACCUUGACAUCACUACACUGAUCGCUUAUGUGUCUUCCCUCAGCCACGGUAACUGUCACUUCACUUUUAAGGAGGUGGUGUUGACUGAACAAGCUGCACAGGAACGGCGAGAGAAUGUCCUGCCCAAGCUGGAGGAGUUCAUGAAGGGAAAAGAACUGUUUGCUUGUCAUUCUGCCAUUGAGGACUUCCACGUCAUCCUGGACACAUUAGGAGGCCCAAGAGAAAAAGCCAGAGCGGAGGAGCUGCUAGCCAGGCUAAAGGUGGUUCCAGACCAGCCCUCUGAGCGCACCAAACGCUUAGUAAUUAGCUCAAAGGUAAACCGUAGAUCACUGAUGAUCUUUGGGACAGGAGACACAUUGCAGGCUGUCACUAUGACUGCAAAUAGUGGUUUUGUUCGUGCUGCUGCUAACCAGGGUGUGCGCUAUAGUGUGUUCAUCCACCAGCCCCGUGCACUCACUGAGGGGAAGGAAUGGAGAGCAACACCGAUAUGGUUUCCUUAAUACCCAUCUACCUUGCAAUUUUAACUACUUGGUCAUCAUCAUCAUUGCACUGCCACCUGCCUCUCAUUGCUUGAAGCCAUGGCUGCUAAUAGGAAUGCUUUGGCCCUUCACAAAGUGAUAAUGGUGGGC